GCCAAAGUGGGGCGGCUGUCACCAACAAAGAGUGAAAUUGAGUGAUUACCGGAGAAGACCCAGCCCUUUAGGAGAUGGCCGAGGCUCAUUCAGCAGCGAGAUUACGGUGGCCACCUAGAGGCCGUCCUCUGCUGCGACUUCUGCCGACUCUCCUGUCAUUUGUGUCUUUGAUUUCGCCGCUCCUGCUGCCGGCACCGGUGGCCUCUGCUCCUGUGAAUGCCACAGGUCAGAGGACGUCGCUUGCCACAUGGCGGACGGCGCCCGGAGGGAGAACGGAUGAUGGUCGAGGGUCACCUUCAUCAUAUGUAUCCUCUGUUGAGGCUCAACAGCUUGGAAGGAGCAUCGCGAUGUCAGAUGGACGGACAAACAACAGUGUUUUCCAUACACUUCAGUUCCAGGAAAACACAACGCAGCUCAAUGCCACAUGGAAAGCUUCCCAACGAGAAACUACGCUACCGCAUCCUACCUCGAGAUAUAGAGAAGAUCGUCAUGAAACGCGAAAUAGCAGGAACGUAGCUCACAUCUCAAACAGAAAUGGGAUUCAUCCGAGCCUAAAUUCGUGGGAGCCUCGAAAAGAAGUGCGAAAGGCAGCAUGGCGGAUGACUGCACCAAGAAACAACCAAAGGUAUUAUGCGGUGCAUAACAGCAAAGCCCGCGAGUUUCAGCGCAGGAGCGACCAGGCAGAACCAGUUACAGCUGGGAACAACAAAUCCCAGAGGAACAGUGUCACGAGCCAAGCAGUUUGGUCGCGUGAGUCGGGCGAAUCCAUCGAGGAUCAGCGCGCAUUCACACAAUCCUCUCCGCGGGCGGCGUCCGCGACGGUCAACCAGCGUGAUUCGGCAGAACGCGCCGGCCGGCACACAGGUCCACAGCAGAGGUCGUACAGCAGCAGCGCAACGUUCAACUCGCCAUUUGAUGCUCCAAGAGCCAGCGCGCAUCAUAGUUCAGGACUGGAACCAGCUCAUAGAUCAGAGCCGGGCUUUCAGACGAGCUCCUGGCUUACACAACUCCGUCAUAAUCUUAGCUCAGGAAUCAACUACUAUAUUCAAGACAUAACUGAUAAAACUUCUGAUAGUCUUGCAAUGGUGCGUUCGAGUCUUCGCCACUGGAACCCACAGGAUGCAUCGCAGUCCGCGAAAGCUAUUGAACCGCGUCUUCAGACGAAUGCAGACAACCCUUCCAGCGACGUGACCGAACAAGUUCAACAGGAUCUGAGUGAUGUCAUAAAGGCUCUAACUCAGUACCACCUUAUAAGGGGCUUAGUUCCAUUCAACAAUGAAGAUUCUGACUUGGAACGUAACGACCAGUGUUACCGAGCUUGUGCCAGGUCAGAUGACCUGGGAUCUGAAGAGCCAGGAGCAGCCAGCGGAGGUCUGAAGGCGACCGCCACUAUCGUGCUCUGGGCCGUCUUAGCGGCCAGCGUUGCCUGGAUGGGGCCUGCCGCCGUUGGAGGCAGGGACUUAGCAGCUGGUCCCAUCUCUGUCUGCGAUACACUAGCCGAGGUUAUCAGCCCUGAGACGUGUCUUCAGUUGGAGAAUGUCAUCAAACAGCUCGACCCAGACGUGCUUGCCGACUUCAUUGACCUGGCUGCUGCUUCCAAGACCGAAUCAGACAUCUUUAUACCAAUGAACAACGUGUUUGGCCUCUCAUCCGGGUGGCAUCAAACGGGAGAGCAGCCGACACAAACCGGAGAACAGCCGACACAAACCGGAGAACAGCCGACACAAACCGCGAACAGUCUCAAACUGCCGCGAUCAGAGGACGUCAGUGGCGAUAGCGAGGCAUCAUUCGAUUCCCACGACAUCCCUGAGGGCUGGUGGACCUCUCCAGGCAGAGUCCGGAGGUCGGUGCCAUCAACGACCGACGACGACCGGUCGAGGACUCGUCCUGUGACACUGGCCUACCUCACGGACCUGCAGCGGAUGACUCAACAGGCACAGACUGUCCGACGCGAUCAUAGCGACGAAUGGAUGAUGUCCAGGAGGCUCCACGGCCUGCGCCGAUGGAUGGCGGCUCGCCGAUCAGCUGGUGCUCAGGAUCGGUCAGACACGCCACGAACUCAGCGAAACGAUCAGCUGCAGAGACAAUAUCAGAACUAUUACCAGCAGGAGCAUCGACAGCAGCGACGAGUAUCUUCUGGCUACGCUCCCGUGGCAGUCAAUACCAAGGUCUGCAAGUGUCACGUGAGACCGAAAAAUGGGUACAAGACCGGCCUACUCCAUGGCAGCGCACUGGGAAAGUUCCUCAGCACUAGCUUCUGGAUACCGGCGCUGGGACUCGUCUAUCUGCUCGGUCUCUCCAGAUCCACUACCACCACCACCACCAGCACCGGAAGCUCCGGAGCGGUCACGGUCAACGCCGGAGGCACGACGUCGCUUACCAACAACGACGACGACAACCUGUCCAACGCGGUCACCAUCACCCUUACCAACUCGCCGACAAACACCAACACAGCCACACAGACCAGCAUGAAUACAGUCACCACCACCAUAACCGACAACUCCAUGAAUACAAACACGGGUGGUGAUAAUACAAACACGAAUACAAACACAAACACUAACAACGGAAACGGAAACAAUGGUAACAACGGAAAUAACGGCAACAACGGAAACAAUGGUAAUAACGGGAACAAUGGCAACAACGGGAACAAUGGCAACAACGGCAACAAUGGCAACAAUGGCAACAACGGGAACAAUGGCAACAACGGGAACAAUGGCAACAACGGGAACAAUGGCAACAACGGGAAUAACGGGAACAACGGCAACAACGGGAAUAACGGGAACAAUGGAAACAAUGGUAACAACGGCAAUGGUAACAACGGAAACAAUGGUAACAACGGAAACAAUGGAAACAACGGAAACAAUGUCCAGCUGUGGGCCGAUAUGCAGGUGCGGCUCACUGACGCCACAACCACCGUGCGGCUGCUGGCCGGAGUUUGGCUGCUGAACUUUCGAGACCGUAAAGGCAUCAUCUACAUCAACUGGGUCCCCCACGGCCAGAUGGUCAACAAAGAAUAUUAUGUGGAGGUUCUGAGUGAGUUCAGGAAGAGAUUUCGCCGCAAGAGGCCAGAACUCUUCAAAUCUGGCCAGUGGCACCUUCACCAGGACAACGCACCCACCCACAAGUCCAUCAUGGUGACAAGCUACCUGGCAGAAAUGGGCAUCAAAACCGUCCCUCAUCCUCCCUACAGUCCAGAUCUGGCCCCCUGUGACUUCUGGAUGUUCCCCAGACUGAAAGAGAAACUCAGGGGCCGCCGGUUUGAGGAUGAGGAAGAGAUGAAGGAUGCUGUGACAGAGGCCCUUGGCACCUUCACUUUGGGAGACUUCCAGCGGGCCUUCAAGAAGUGGCUGGAGCGCUACAACAAGUGCAUCGAACACGGGGGAUCCUACUUCGAGGGUGACUGA